ACAUGGCUGACGACGAAGACUCGUGGUUGUAUGGAGACACAGAAGACAAGAAAGAAGAAGAUGCUCCAAAAGAAAAUAAAGAAGAGCAGCCAGCAGAAGAGGAGAGUGAGAGUGAGAGGCGGGAUAGUGCGUUAUCAGCAACUGCUGUGGCCUUUGUGAGUCAACUAUCAACCUCAAAUGAUGUGACAGAUGUUAAGGCAGAUCAAAAGAGGAAGCCAAGUGUGACCGCAGAAGAUGUAGGCCCACCUGGAGUAGCUACCGAAGAGGAACAAGAGGAAGGGUACAUUGAGGACAGUGAUGAUGACAGUGAUGAGGAUGAUGUCCAGGUUACCAUAGGAGAUAUCAAAUCUGGGAUACCAGCGUCAUACCAGUAUGGGCAGGGUGUAAAUAUACGUAGUUCAUAUAAGGGAGCAGUUACAGCAAAACCAGUAAAAGGCCUUGAUUUAGAAGCUGAAGGGACCAUCAAUGGUACAGCUGUCUACUCCUUCGACAUCGAUUCAUUAGAAGAAAAGCCCUGGAGAAAACCUGGUGCCGAUAUCACAGAUUAUUUCAACUAUGGGUUCAACGAAGACACAUGGAGUAUAUAUCGAGAGAAACAAAAACGACUACGCUCCGAUCCAAAUUUACAGUCUAAAUUACCUGUCCAAACCUAUAUACCUAUUCAAAAGCAAAUAAAGGAGAUUCCAACAGUAGGCUCUAACAAGUCCAACUCCUUUCAUAAGCCAUACACUAAGGAGCCUUCAAGCAGUACUAUCCAGACGGUAGGAACAAUCACAACGGUGUCCAGUCGUCGAAGGAACAACAGCACAGAUUUGUUUGAUGAGAAUUUUUCUCCAACGCUAGAGGAUCAUGGUGGUCCUCCACCACCAAUGCAGAUGCCUCCUCCUGGAUAUGGUGGACCGCCCCGUCACUCUAUGCCACCAACAUCGGGGCCUCCACCAAUGCGGCCUGGACCACCUCCUAUGCCUGUUCCCCCAAGACAAGGCCCACCACCAAUGAUGCACGGCCCUCCACCAGGUAUGGGCGGACCACCAGGGCAUGGUUUUCCGCCAGCUGAUAACAGACCCCCUCCAGGCAUGCCACCCCCUAUGCCAGGACCACCUCCAGGGCCACCUCCGGUCAGUAUGGGAAUGGGACCACCACCCCCACGUCACAUGGGGCCCCCACCGCCAGGAUAUCAGGACCCUUAUUACAGAGAUCCAUCAUAUGCUCCACCACCCCGGUUUAGUGGACCCCCGCCACCCCAUCAAGGUCCACCUCCAAAUGGCUGGGGUGGUCCGCCACCGCCAGGUGGUCCACCACCACCGAUGGUGCACAGUGGACCUCCGCCACCACAUGGAGGUCCACCACCGCCUCAUGGUGCCUUUCCACCAUUUACCAAGCCACCCCCUGGACAGGGGUAUUCUGAGGAAAGUGAUAUUAGCAGUGGCAGUGAUCAUGACGAACCAAGUAGAAAAUAUCGAGAUGGUGAACACAGGACCAGGCACAGAGACCGUGACGGUGAGCGCGGCGAAAGAGACAGAGAUCGUGAGAGGAGCGAAAGAGGAGAAAGAGACAGGGACAGGGACCGUGAAUAUCGUCGUAGAUCUGAUAGAAGCCAUGAUAGGGACAAAGACCGGGAAAGACGGCAUAGGGAUAGAGAAGAACGACAUCGAUCAUCUAGAAGUUCACGGCGACAUGAUGAAGAUAGAGAACGCAGUUCCAAAAGAAGAAGGGAAGAACCCAAAGAAGCCUAGCUGCAAUUACAUCAAGAUAAAUAUGUGCUGUUAUUGGUUACUGCUUGCUGGGACUUUAUCAAAGGUCAUAGAUGGUUUGGUCUGUUCAAAAUGAUACGGACGCUUAACCGUGUUCUUUGACUCACGAUCAACAUCUAGGUUAUGGUUCAAAGGUGAAAUACCAUGCUUAGAAAGUAUGCAACAUACUGUGGAUCUAAACCAGGAUUAUUUAUGUGAUUGGAAACGAUGUUUUCGUAGAUGGUGAAUAUGGAUUUGAAUAGCAUAAAUUAUGUGUGCAUUUGUAAGCAUGACAAUGGACGAUAAAAUGACAUUCUAAGCGGUACAACCAAAUCAAGCAAGGCCACACAUUUAAAAUUCGCCACUUAAGUCUGUGUUUGAUUGUAAUCUUUUUGUACGCUGUCGAUUGAUUUUAAGGAUAAUGAUAUUUGUAAAACUGAAUGUAAUUCUCUCUUAUAGUUAAUCCGAAAGUGGGCCACAUAUUGAUCUAAUAUAGGCCAGGUGAGGCUACCUCGAUAAAGCACUUGAAAAAGACCAAGGUCUGAUAUACAUAUUAUUUUACUAUCACAUAGUAAAAAACUAAAAAUUGUGUUUAAUAGUUUUUAAUGCCCUUAACUGUUUGGAAUACCGGUAUUGAAUCAGCUCCAUUUUUCCCAUAUAUAGGCAUGAUGAUGCCAUAUUUGGCCAAAUCGUAGGAAUUUUUUACAUAAACUUGAGAGUUUUAAAAGAACUUACCAAAAAAUUUGCUGCCACUCAGAAUGGAAUGAUUGUUUCCUGUAUGUCAUUGUAGGUAAAUCUUUAUUGGGGAAAAAAAAAAAAACAAACAAAAAUAGAAAUCUCUUGCACUGCCCAAGGGGUAAAUAUGAAAUGCUUACACUACAACAGACAUUUGCACUGUAUCAGGGAUGUGAUAUAUAUAUUAGACACCUCCCUGAUUUUAUGGUGUACUACUCUGGCAAGUCGCACCACUUCGUUACCGUACAACCACCAAUUCACAACAAAACCAGUUUCUACAAGGCAAUUCAA